UGCCUCUCUGUGGGCGUUCGCGGAGCCAGCCCAGUCUGCAGCUCCGAGAGUGCAUCGUGGCGCAGCGUCCCUUCAAGUCUGCACGUGUUGCCUAUUGAGGGGUUUGUGACCUUUUCCGAUCCUGGGAGGGUAGCAGCCGGCGAUCCCCCGGAACUCCAGCUCCCGGCGUGCACGGCGCCGCGCCAAGGCCGACGGACCCGUCCGCGUCCCGCCUUUUUAAGGGGGCCGCGCCUCGCUUCUGGGCAGGCUGCCGCAGGGCUGUGGUUUGCGAAGGGCGGCGGCGGUCCUGCGCGUCCGGGUCCUGUCUCAGGAAGGGGAUGCCAGCCAGUCCACGUCGUCCGCAGAGACUCGCGGCGCCGCAGAGCUCCGGGCCAGGGACGGUGCUGUCCGCGCCGCACGUCCUGAGCGCGGCCUGCUCGGCCCCGUCGAAAAUGGGCAUCUAAAAUGCAAACUGUUGAUAGCAGGAGUCUCUGGACUAUCUUGCCAGCCUGUGUCCUUGGACCAUGAAGGUGCUGGACGAAGGUUUCUUUUGGAUGCUGCCCCCACUUCUUCACUUAAUAGUGAGCGCUGCAGAGCAUGAGGAGGUGGCAAAGCACGCCAUCAAACUGCACCGUGGGAAGGGCGCUGCAGCCACGCACAGGAAGCAGUGGGUUCUGGAUAGCUGCAGGAGGCUCACUGGUCUCCUUCGGCAGAAGAAUGUGGUUCUGAACAAACUGAAAAAUGCCAUCCGAGCAGCAGAGAAGGAUGCUGGGCUGUCGGAUGAGGAGAAGUUGUUCCAAGUGCACACAUUUGAAAUAUUUCAGAAGGAGUUGAAUGAAAGUGAAAACUCAGUCUUUCAGGCCAUCUAUGGACUGCAGAGAGCCCUGCAGGGGGAUUACAGAGAUGUGGUCAACAUGAAGGAGAGCAGCAAGCAGCGGCUGGAGGCCCUACGGGAGGCCGCCAUUAAGGAAGAGACAGAGUAUGUGGAACUUCUUGCUGCAGAAAAACAUCAAGUGGAAGCCCUUAAAAAUAUGCAACAUCAAAACAAGAGUUUGUCCAUUCUUGAUGAGAUUCUUGAAGAUGUAAAGAAGGCUGCAGAUCGCUUGGAGGAGGAGAUAGAGGAGCACGCUUUUGAUGACAAUAAAUCAGUGAAAGGAGUCAACUUUGAGGCGGUUUUGAGGGUGGAGGAAGAGGAGGCCAGUUCCAAGCAAAAUAUCACAAAGCGGGAAGUGGAGGAUGGUCUGGGUCUCAGCAUGCUGAUCGAUUCCCAGAACAACCAGUACAUUCUAACCAAGCCCAGAGACUCAACCAUCCCACGCGCAGACCACCAUUUCAUAAAGGACAUCGUGACCAUAGGAAUGCUGUCCCUACCUUGUGGCUGGCUUUGCACAACAAUAGGAUUACCUACAAUGUUUGGCUAUAUUAUUUGUGGCAUACUGCUGGGGCCUUCAGGACUAAACAGUAUUAAGUCUAUUGUACAAGUGGAGACACUAGGAGAAUUUGGGGUCUUCUUUACUCUUUUUCUUGUUGGCUUAGAGUUUUCUCCAGAAAAGUUGAGGAAGGUGUGGAAGAUAUCUUUACAAGGACCAUGUUACAUGACACUGUUGAUGAUUGCUUUUGGCUUAUUGUGGGGUCACUUUCUGCAGAUUAGACCCACUCAGAGUGUCUUCAUUUCUACUUGUUUGUCCUUAUCAAGCACACCCCUGGUGUCCAGGUUCCUCACGGGCAGUGCCCGAGGCGAUAAAGAAGCAGGUGACAUUGACUACAGUACAGUGCUGCUCGGCAUGCUGGUGAUGCAAGAUGUGCAGCUGGGGCUGUUCAUUGCUGUCAUGCCAACGCUCAUACAGGCAGGAGCAAGCACGUCUUCUAGCAUUGUCAUGGAAGUACUGCGAAUACUGCUCCUGGUGGGGCAGAUCCUUUUUUCACUAGCUGCUGUUUUUCUUUUAUGUCUUAUUAUAAAGACUUAUCUCAUAGGACCAUAUUAUCGAAAGCUGCAUAUGGAAAGCAAAGGGAGCAAAGAAAUCCUAGUCCUAGGAGUAUCUGCUUUCAUCUUUUUAAUGUUGGCGGUCACAGAGCUAUUGGACAUCUCUAUGGAGCUGGGCUGCUUCCUGGCUGGAGCACUGGUCUCUUCUCAAGGGCACAUGGUCACCGAGGAGAUCAUGGCUUACAUCGAGCCUAUCCGUGACUUCCUGGCCAUCAUCUUCUUCACAUCCAUCGGGCUUCAUGUGUUCCCUACCUUUGUGAUAUAUGAGCUGACCGUGUUGGUAUUCCUCACCCUGUCCGUCGUGGUCAUGAAGUUUGUAUUGGCAGCACUGGUCUUGUCUCUCAUACUGCCAAGGAGCAGCCAGUAUAUCAAGUGGAUUGUCUCUGCAGGACUGGCCCAGGUCAGUGAGUUUUCCUUUGUCCUGGGAAGCCGAGCGCGGAGGGCAGGCAUCAUUUCUCGGGAGGUGUACCUUCUUAUACUAAGUGUGACUACACUCAGCCUCUUACUUGCCCCUGUACUGUGGAGAGCAGCAAUUACAAAGUGUGUGCCAAGACCGGAGAGAAGGUCCAGCCUUUGACACUGCUGGAUAAUGACUGUGGAGAGGGAACCUCCAUGGGUCUGCGAGUUCUGCAGCUGGCCUCAUCUGAACACAGAGUAAACCUAACAGGCAGUGUCCUCGUGUUUGCUUGCUUUUACAGAACACUCCUGUCAUGCUUAAGUUUUCCAGAAUAAUUUAUUUGUAGCCAGUUGAUUAUGUGCAGAUUUGUAACACUGCAUUUUAUAAAUUGCCUUGACUAUUUUGCCUGGAUGUGCCUUUUUUUCUGAAAUUAUUAACUUUCUAUUGUUAAUUUAUCAGCUCAUGAUUUUUUGGUAAAGGAGAAAAAUUAGAAAGCCUUUUUAUUUAUUGUACAGAUUUAGAACUACAAUCUGUUAGUUAAAUAUUUGUUACUGAACACCUGCUAUAUGUGUUUUAAUUCUGAUAUUGGGUUUGGAAGCUAACUUUUGGUCAUUAAAUCCCAUGUUUUCUAGAUGAGAGAGAUACCUAUUGAUUGUUUACUUGCCUCAUAACUAUUUUAAAUAAAAUACCUUAAUGUUGAUUUUUAUUAGUUUUAUCACCCUUAAAAUACUUGAUUGUGAAUCACAAGGACAUGCACUCUUAAAUAAAGGCCAUUUGUGAUCAGGGUACAA